ACAGGAUUUUAUCGCGUCAAUUAUGAUGGCGAAAAUUGGAAAUUAAUUGCGCGUUACUUAAAUUCUGAACAGUAUACAAAUAUACAUGUUCUGAAUCGAGCCCAAAUCAUCGAUGACUCAUUCCAUCUGAUGAUACAGGGAAAACUCAAUUUUUCCACAUUUUGGGAACUCUCGAGUUAUUUAUGGCAAGAGAACGAUUAUGUGGCAUGGUAUCCUAUGUUUAAAGCUCUGGAAUACAUGUCAAAUAUUAUUCCAUUUCUUAAUUCUGGACUCUAUCCUUCGGAAGUAUUUAAGACAAUAUUAGGAAAAAUAAAAAAUCUGUUUGAACGUGUAGAAAAUCACAUUAUCGAUGACAUGGCAUCUAGUAAAUACGAUAUUGAUAAAUAUUUAAUGCAGGAAAUUGCAAAAUGGAGCUGCAUUAUGAACAAUACUUCAUGUAUUGAAAAGGCCAGAACACAAUUGAGAUUGCAUGUAGAGAAUCCUCAAGAAAAUAGGUAAAUUUUAAUCAAAUUAUUAU